CGUUAGCAACAAAACCACGUGACCGUCAACAGGGAAGUCAGUGCAGGAAGAAUCUCGGGAGGGAUGUUUUCGCUCUAUCCCGUGUUUUGUUGACUCCGACAUGGUUCGUUUGGACUUUGUGCUGGCUUUAAACCUGCUCCUGUGUCUUCAUGGUGCAGCUCGGUUCGGGGAUCGUGGGCGGCAGCAGUGGCCGGUUCCCUACAGGCGGUUUGAUCGUCGCCCUCCUGCGGACUCUUACUGUGAAGCUCUCUAUCCGUUCUGUCCCACCGGAGACCGGGACGGACGGAUUCCCUACAUGAGAGAUACUGACGUAAUAUCGAUUUAUCGAUUACAAACACCUGUGUGGGAAUUUAAGUUUGGAGAUCUGCUGGGGAAGUUUCAUAUCAUGCAUGAUGCCGUCGGGUUCAGCAGUUCGGAGACGGCAGCGAACUACACCAUGGAGUGGUAUGAGCUCUUUCAGCUGGGUAACUGCACCUUCCCUCACCUCAGACCUGAGCUGCACCCACCUUUCUGGUGCAACCAGGGAGCUGCCUGCUUCUACCAAGGCAUCGAUGACUUGCACUGGUCUCAAAAUGGCACCUUGGAGAAAAUAGGGGAAAUAACAGGGAGCAAGUUCAAUGACUUGGCCAAGUGGGUCCAGGACGACAACCGGACAGGGAUCUACUACGAGACGUGGGCGGUCCGCUCCGAUCCCGGCCCGAACGCCACCGUCUGGUUCGAGUCGUACGACUGCUCCCAGUUCGUCCACCGCACGUACAGGAAGCUGAAAGAGCUGGGAGCCAAACUCUCCAGCCCAUCACAAACCAACUACACCAAGAUCUACCUGUACAGCGGAGAGCCCACGUACCUCGGCAACGACAGCGCCAUAUUCGGACAGCCGGCGCUGAAGAAUCUGGCCCUGGACAUCCGUAGCUUCUACCACACAUUCAGGCCGCACCAGUCUGUCCUAGACUUUGCUGUCAGCCUGUUGGAGGCUUAUAAAAAGGUUGUGUUGGACAAGAGCUUCUACCUCUACUACAACUUUGAGUACUGGCACCUGCCAAUGAAGCCUCCCUAUGUCCAGAUCACAUAUGAAGAGGUGCCUUUGCCCUAAUGGUGCUUGGUUAUGUACAAACCAAACACUGCUCAGCCAAAAAUAAAAUCACCCUUUGGAUUCUGAUGAUCAAAAUUAAAUAGCAACGCAGAUGUCAUGGGAGAUCUUGUUCCAGACCUGGACUAGGACAGGCUUGUGGUUUCCCUGAAUUUUGGUCUUGACCAAAGUCAAAUUCUUUCAGUUGCUCUGAAGCUCUCAUCCCAGUGCCUCAUCAGUUAGUCUUCCAAGGUCACCAGACCUUCACCAAACCAGUCAUGCUCAGUGAUGUUACUGGCACAAUGUUUACUAAUGUCUCCAACCUAUCAUGUGCAUAAGCUAAUAAGCUAAUUGCAUGCAUAAGCUGAAUAAGCUAAUUCAGUAAAGAGAACAAGCACCAGUGGUUGGAAGCUUCGUCAGCACACCAGCCUCAGGGAGUCACUUUCUGACAGUUUGCUCAGAAACAGACACUAGAAACAGAUUUACCUUGCUACUCGUUAACUACAUGGAGCAGUGUUUAUAAGCAAUAAGAGCAUCAAGCUUUUAUAAAUGUUUGUCCCAGUUGUGUGUAAAAUAAUUUUAAAGAAGGUCUAUAUUUGUAUCACGCUAUGCUGCACUGUCUCACAACUAGAACUAUAUUUGGAGUUUGAGUCAUUAUCAUCUUUGUACACGAUUAAUUAAAAACUUUCCUCAUCUUUUA